AUGGCAGGCAUGUUCAUGAAUGACACCCUGAUCGCCUCAAAGGAGCUCCCUAAGCGCCUUGUGGCCUUCGGCCACGCUUUCAGGACCGAGGCUGGCUCUUCGGGCUCGGAGAACCGGGGCAUCUACCGGCUACACCAGUUCAGCAAGGUGGAGCUGUUUGCAGUUACGCGGGCCGACAUAGAUGAGUCCAACAAGAUGCUCGACGAGAUUCGGGAGCUUGAGGAGGACCUCUUCACCCAGCUGGGCCUUUGCUUCCGUGUCUUGGACAUGCCAACAGAGGAGUUGGGGGCCCCGGCCUACAGGAAGUUUGACAUGGAGGCCUGGAUGCCGGGACUGGAAAAGUGGGGAGAGAUCUCCUCGUGCUCCAGCUGCACCGACUACCAGGCCCGGCGGCUGAACAUUCGGCACAAAGAGGAGUACAACCAGAAGGGGAACCUGCAGUUUGCCCACACGCUCAACGGAACGGCGUGCGCCGUUCCCCGAAUGAUCAUCUCGAUUCUGGAGACGUUUCAGAACGAGGACGGCUCUGUGACAAUUCCAGAAGUCCUCCGGCCGUACAUGAUGGGAAUGGAGGCGCCGAUCGCUUUCUUCUAUGGCGAUGUGACAUACUUGAAUACUUGA